ACUGGUGGGUGGCACUGCUGGGGCUGCACUGGUGGGUGGCACUGGUGGGCAGGCACAGGUGGGUGGCACUGGUGGGCACAGGUGGGUGGCACUGCUGGGGCACAUGUGGGUGCACUGCUGGGCACAGGUGGGGGCACUGCUGGGAACGGGUGGGCAGGGCUAGUGGGCGCACUGCUGGGCGGAACUUGCGGGUGUCACUGCUGUGGACACCGAUCUAUCAGGGCACUGAUCAUCAGUGCCCUGAUGAUCGGUGCCGAUCCCCGCUCUGACAACUGCGGUUCUUGGCAGUACUUUCCUCACGAUCUGACAGCGUGAGGAAAGUGCAGCGAGAACCGGCACUUGCAU